AACUCUCCACUACCCACCCAUCAAAAAAAAAAAAAAAAAACUCUCUACUAGGCCGCGCCUCCCCCUACCCGCCGGCGCCGCCGGCGCCACAUAGGAUUAAAACCCCGCGCGCGGCCACCAACCACAGCCACUCUCACGCAGCCGCCGUCCUAGGGUUUUCCUCCUUCCCAUGGCGACUCACUUCCACUCUCGCGCCCUGACCCCUUCCUCCGCCGGCCUCGAUCCCCUCCGCCGGCCCCGCCGCUUCCUCCCCCGCCCGCGCCGCCUCAGCCUCAGCCUCGCCCUCGCUCCGCCGUCGCCCGGCGGGAGCAUCCGCUGCCGCCCCGGCUUCGCUCCCCUCACGGCCCGGACCGCCGCGGCCCCGCGCCCCGCCGCCGCCGCCGCCGGAGCCGCCGCCGGCGAGGCCGCGAAGUCCUUCCACGGGCUCUGCUACGUUGUCGGGGACAACAUCGACACCGACCAGAUCAUCCCCGCCGAGUACCUCACCCUGGUCCCGUCGAACCCCGCCGAGUACGAGAAGCUCGGCUCCUACGCGCUGAUCGGCCUCCCUUCGAGCUACGAGACGCGGUUCAUCGACCCGGGCGAGACGAAGACCAAGUACAAGAUCGUCAUCGGGGGAGCGAACUUCGGGUGCGGGUCCUCGCGCGAGCACGCCCCCGUGGCGCUCGGGGCGGCGGGCGUCGCGGUGGUGGUGGCCGAGUCGUACGCGCGGAUAUUCUUCAGGAACUCGGUGUCGACCGGGGAGGUCUAUCCGCUGGAUACGGACGUGAGGAUUUGCGAGGAGUGCAGGACGGGCGACACCGUGACGAUCGAAUUGGCGGAGAGCAAGCUGAUCAACCACACCACCGGGAAGGAGUAUGAGCUGAAGCCGAUCGGCGAUGCAGGGCCAGUGAUCGAGGCCGGCGGGAUUUUCGCGUACGCGAGGAAGACGGGGAUGAUUCCGUCCCAGGCAGCUUGAGCUCUUUGCAUUAAGGACUUGCCUCCCGCUUAAUCUACCUCAUUAACUGUUUUGGCUGGGUUCUUCCCUGUCAUCGUGGCUUGUAUGUUUGUCAGAAUAAGAAGAUGAUAUUUGCCUCUUUUCCUGUUUGAGUUGCAGAACCUUCUUCAUCUUUCCUUCUGUUUCUGUUUCUGGUCAUCUUUCUCGCUGGUCUUACUAGUCUGAAUCGUCUGAGAUGGGGUUAUCAGCUGGGACUAGAUCUUUAAGGGUGAGAAUAUGGACUCCUAUGUUUCCAAUUCCGAGGAUUUUUCGAAAUGCACAGUUCUUAUCACCAUA